AUGGAAUCAGAGGAAUACAGAAAAAGAGGUAAAGAACUGGUGGAUUAUAUCUGUCAGUACCUCAGCACCAUAAGAGAAAGGCGAGUAAAUCCAGAUGUACAGCCUGGUUACAUGAGAGCCCUUUUGCCUGACAGUGCCCCUGUGGAAUCAGAGAGUUGGGACAACAUAUUCAGAGACAUUGAAGACAUCAUCAUGCCUGGGGUCGUCCAUUGGCAGAGUCCUCAUAUGCAUGCAUACUUCCCAGCACUAACAUCAUGGCCUUCCUUGCUUGGAGACAUGCUUGCAGAUGCUAUAAACUGCUUAGGAUUUACAUGGGCUUCCAGUCCAGCAUGUACUGAACUAGAAAUGAAUGUGAUGGAUUGGUUGGCUAAAAUGCUUGGCCUUCCCUGUCAUUUUCUUCAUCAUUACCCAGAGAGCAAUGGGGGAGGGGUGCUGCAAAGUACUGUGAGCGAGUCAACGCUGAUAGCUUUACUGGCUGCCAGGAAGGACAAAAUCCUAGAUAUGAAAAUCCAUGAACCAGAUUCAGAUGAUUCCAGUCUAAAUUCUCGUCUAGUUGCUUAUGCCUCAAAUCAGGCUCACUCUUCUGUGGAAAAGGCUGGUCUCAUUUCUCUAGUGAAAGUCCGUUUUCUGCCAGUGGAUGAAAAUUUUUCUCUUAGAGGAGAGACAUUGCAAGCUGCAGUAGAAGAAGAUCGAAAAUGUGGACUUGUUCCUGUCUUUGUCUGUGCAACACUAGGAACAACUGGGGUGUGUGCCUUCGAUAAUCUAGCAGAGUUGGGUCCAAUAUGUGCCAAGGAAGGAUUGUGGCUCCACAUUGAUGCAGCAUAUGCUGGCACUGCCUUUCUUUGCCCAGAGUUCAGAACCCUACUCACUGGAGUGGAAUAUGCUGAUUCUUUUACUUUCAAUCCUUCAAAGUGGAUGAUGGUGCAUUUUGACUGCACGGCUCUCUGGGUGAAAGACAAAUACAAGCUGCAGCAAACCUUUAGCGUCAACCCCAUUUACCUCCGUCAUGCCAACAGUGGGGCCGCAACUGAUUUCAUGCACUGGCAAAUUCCACUUAGCCGUCGUUUCCGCUCCCUAAAACUUUGGUUUGUAAUCCGAUCAUUUGGGAUAAAAAAUCUUCAGGCACACAUCAGACAUGGCACAGAGAUGGCCAAGAAUUUUGAGUCAUUGGUUAAAGCUGACCAGCUUUUCGAAGUCCCUGCAAAGAGACACCUUGGAUUGGUUGUCUUCCGGCUAAAGGGUCCAAACAUUCUGACAGAACAAGUACUGUUAGAACUGACCAGAUCUGGGAGCAUGUUUCUCGUUCCAGCCAUUAUCCAUGACAAGUUUAUCAUUCGUUUCACUGUCACUUCUCAGUUCACCACAAGGGAAGACAUUCAGCGAGACUGGAACCUUAUCAGAGAAGCUGCAAUAAAUGUCACCAAUCUGCAUCACAGUGCCAUAUCCAACGACUGCAAUAAAUUACUAAAUCCUCAAACCAUGGAAGUUGAAGAAAAGGAAGACACCUUCCAGAAAAUCACUGUACAACCCAAGCAUGCGGAUUUCAGCCCUAAAGAUUGGGUUGAGCAGAUAUCUGAAGAUAACUUGGAUCCCUUUGAGGACUGCUUCCCUGAGAAGGUGCCUAUGGCUAGCAAACAUAGACCAGCAACUUCUUUAUAUCGAUACUGGUCUACCCAAGACAGGAAGAAGAAUGCCCGCUCUCUUAGUUGUAACAGUGUUCCUGCACAUAAUAGGGAAGCAAUUGUGGAAAAGAUGGUGCCGCAAUUUGAACUACAGAAAGAUGGCAGCAUACUCUCCAAGCUCCCAGGAAAAGUUAUGAUUCUAGAGAAAAAUGCCUUCCGGAAAUUAAUCAAGUUUUAUAGCGUGCCCAGCUUCCCAGAAAUCAGCAUCCAGUGUGGGCUUAAACUGCCCUGCUGCCCGCUCCAAGCGAUAGUGUGAUCUACUCGACAGCUACACAAGCAGCCAAAUUGUUUGGACUAACCCAGUAUUAUAUUAUAAUGAUAUAUGUAAAAUAGGUGACGUGAAACCAAGUUCACCCAUGUAGCAGAUUAUAAUGUGUGCUAAGCAGUCUGGCACUACGAGGGUAUUCGGAGACAGGUGGGGGUAGAUAUAUUCUGCUAGAUGCGGGUGUGUGGUGGUGCUCUGGUUGUCUUAGCUGUGAGAACUUCGUAAUCAUGCAAGAAAUAAAGGAAAAUCCGGCAACUCACCAAGUACACUUAUUUCUUGCAUGAUUACGUAGCAGAUUAUAAUGCUGGUUCAGUCCAUACAAUGACUGCAUAUGCUGUGAGAAAGUGACAUUUCCAGUUUAGUAUACCAGUUAGCUGUGUUCCCAGCAUAGGAAUACAUUUCAGCAUUGUGGUAUAUGAUACAUAACUGCACAUGUCACAAGCAACAAUAACGGAUAUGCAAUCUAAUUUCUUAGUGAGACAUCAUUUAAUCUAUGUAUUAAUAUUUCUAUAUCCCCAUCAUGAUAAACCACUCCUGUCUUUAUUUUUAUUAUUUUUUAGUUUUCUACCUUGAUAUUGUUCUGUAUCUUCUACUCAGUCUCAGUGAGCUCCACAGACUGGGAAGGGGCUUCCCCAAUAGGCGUGACAUAAUCUAAAGCCAUACACGGGAGAACUUCCUUCCUCGCUCUGCUGCAUACAGCUGAGAGCAGUUCAGUGUGAGCUCUCUGCACUGAACUCUACAGAGUGUCAGCUCUGCCCAGCAGCUUGCAGAGGGAGUAGAAAUAUUCAGCACAAUAUUAAAGGGUUACUCUGCUACCCAGCGCCCGGAACAUUGAGUUUGAACGCUGUGUGGGGGCUUCUGUGUUCACGCCCGCCCCCUAGUGCUCCCCCGUCAAAGCAAGUCUAUGGGAGGGGGCAUGACGGCCAUCGCGCCCCUUCCCAUAAACUUUCAUUGAGGGGGCAGGCCAUGACAUCACGAGGGGGCGGGUGUGAACAUGGAAGCCAGCACAAAGCGUUUGGAACUCAAUGUUCCAGAUGCUGGGUAGCGGAGUAACCCUUUAAGCACUAUGCACUGAAGGCAUCACAGCUCUAUAGUCUAACUCUGCUCAAAGGGAAAGGAGCUGGAAUAUUCAGCUCUAUACACUGUGCUGAGCUGAGGUCCCACCUGCAUUUCCUGACUUUUGAUUCUGCCAGGCUGCUGCAGGAGACAAUCUGCAAGCAGGACGGCAGGCAGAACCAGAAGGAAGCCAGACUAUCAAUAGUUAAUUUAACACAUAGAAUAAACAAAAAAUAUAUUUAAGUAUAUUAGAAAAGUAAUUCUAAUAAAUCUAUACACUUUUAUUACUAAUGACAGGUACCUUUUAAUAAUAGGGGAUUAUCACUUAUAUAUUUAAUAAUUGCUCUCAAUUGCACAAGAGUUUAAAGGGGUACUCCGGCGCUAAACAUCUUUUCCCCUAUCAAAAGCAUAAGGGAUAAGAUGUUAAAUUGCGGGGAUCCAGCCGCUGGGGACCCCCCGCGAUCUCUCCUGCAGCACCCCCUUUUUUCAGCUGCACAAAGCAAGGACCAAGGUGGUGCAGGGGACGGAGUAUCAUGAUGUCACACCCCUCCCCACAAUGCAAGUCUAUAGUACCCCUUUAAGGCAUAUUCCAGCUUGCCUCUAUGCUCACCAAAAACCAAUGGAAUCAAUAUGUUUAUAUCAUGUCAAUUGACACAGAUCUAGAUUUUCUUUUUGUGUUUCAAUAACCAGAUUGAACUCUCAUUUCUGAAUAAACACUUUCUA